AUGUCGACAUCAAUAUUAUCAACUAUUCAAAAUCAACUUAGUUUCUAUGGAUACUUAAUUCCUAUGGUUUUAGGGAAUGUUGGUAAUACAUUUAUCGUUAUACGUUUUACUCGGCAACGUAAUAAUGCAUGCUCAGUUUAUUUAAUUAGUUCAGCUAUAGUGAAUAAUAUUUAUUUAACAUUCACUGGUUGUGCUCAUCUAUUUCCUUUUUAUUAUGGUGAUCAAACAACACGUGCACUUUUUUUAUGUAAAAUACAUGCCUAUGUACCAAGUGUUCUUGGACUAAUAACUAAAACAAUGAUUGUAUUUGCAUGUAUUGAUCGUUUUAUGGUCACAAAUAAAAGUGCUAGUUUUCGCACAUUUAGUACACCUAAAAAAGCAAAAUAUGUUAUUUUUGUGUCUAUUUUGUUUUGGCCGCUUUGUUGCAGUCAUAUUGGAAUAAUGACAACAAUUAUCAAUGGACAAUGUGGUCAAUUUGGUAUCUAUUCAACAAUUUUUACUGUUUAUGUAAUCAUUUUUGUUGGCUUAAUUCCACCUAUCAUAUUGAGUUUAUUUGGCUAUUUAACUUAUCAUAAUAUGAGACAAAGACUUCUUCGUAUUCAAUCAGUGGUGGGUAAUGCAAUUCAUGCAAAUAUAUCUAUUCAUCGACGACGAGAUCGAGAGUUAUUAAUUAUUGUUAUUUAUGAAAUAUUUAUCUAUGUGAUUACAGCAACUCCAUAUCCCUUUAUUCUUUUAGAAAUGAUGAUUAGCCGAUAUAUGAUAUCAAAUAAAAGUGUUCAAUAUUUACAAAUUGAAAGUUUUAUACUUAGUAUUGCAUUCUUAUUAUUAUUUGUUAAUUUUGCUGCACCUUUUUAUAUUUAUCUAAUUUCAUCAAAAGCAUUUCGUCGAGAUUUCAAACGAUUAAUUAUAAAUUUUCAUUCAAAAUUUAGAAGACAGCCAAUCAUGCCAAGGGACUCUAGAACAACACGUUAUAGGUUUAUACAAGAUAGUCAUGUUUAA